AUGGCAGCUCUCUCUCACUUCCCUCUCACUCCUCUUCUCCCCAAGACUCCUUUCACCACUAUCAAAACCCUAUUUUCUCUCUCCAAACCCAAAACCCCACAACUCUUUUGUACUCUCAGACCGUUAUCUUCUCUCUCCUCCAACCCCAAAACUAUUGACCCAAAAUACCUCUCAUGCUGCCUGCCUAAUAAGAAGCCUCUCAACGUGGCUGUUCUUGUCAGCGGCGGUGUUGAUAGUAGCGUUGCCCUCCGCCUCCUCCACGCCGCCGGCCAUUCCUGCACUGCUUUCUAUCUUAAAAUCUGGUUCCAAGAAGACUUUGAGAAUUUUUGGUCUGAAUGCCCAUGGGAAGAAGAUAUGAGAUAUGCAAAAGCUGUUUGUGAUCAGGUUAAUGUCCCUUUGGAAGUUGUGCAUUUGACACAUGAAUACUGGACUAAUGUGGUGUCAUAUAUCAUUGAUGAGUAUCGACAUGGCCGAACCCCAAAUCCUGAUGUCCUUUGCAAUACAAGAAUAAAGUUUGGUGCAUUUAUGGAUGCCUUAGGUGGUAUAAAGUUUGACUUCGUUGCCUCUGGACAUUACGCAAGGGUUGUUCACGGGGAUGGGGAUCAAAAAGAUGAGCUUUCUAUUUUGGAACUGUCAAAAGAUACAGUUAAGGAUCAAACAUACUUCCUUUCUCAUCUCUCACAAUCCCAGCUUAAACGGCUUAUCUUCCCUCUUGGAUGCAUUCCGAAGGAAGAAGUCCGCAGGCUGGCCCAAAUAUUUGAUUUACCAAACCAAGACAGAAAGGAUUCUCAAGGAAUAUGCUUUCUGGGCAAGAUAAAGUUUAGCGAAUUUGUUGCAAGACACAUUGGGGAGGCAGAAGGUAUAAUUUUGGAAGCUGAGACUGGAGAUUUUCUCGGAAAACAUCGAGGUUUUUGGUUUUAUACAAUUGGCCAACGUCAAGGAUUACGUCUUCCUGGGGGUCCUUGGUAUGUUGUGGAGAAAGAUGUUAAAAACAAUGUAGUCUUUGUAUCAAGAAACUAUUUCUCAGUUGACAAAAGAAGGCGUUUAUUCCGUGUUGGAUCCUUAAAAUGGCUUAGUGGGUCACCUCCAAACCAGAUAAAUCAACUUCAAUGCAAGGUUCGACAUGGCCCGGGUUUUUAUGAUUGCAGUUUGGCAAUGGAAGUUGAUGGAGAUGGCCAUGAAAUUGCAGUUGUCAAACUAUCUGAAGAUGAUCAAGGUCUGGCAGCUGGGCAGUUUGCCGCCUUCUACCAGGAUAGGAUGUGCAUUGGGUCUGGUGUGAUCUUGGAGUCAUGGGAUGACCAAGGGUUUCCUGUUUGUUCGAGGGCUCUUGAGAUUGCGAACAUGGAAGAUAAAUCAAAGCUCGGAAAUCCAGUCAAGAUAAAGAUCCAGACAACGUUGAGUGUACAAACAGCUGCUUGUCUUGGCCUGGUCAGAUUGGGUGGGAUUUCUAAGGUUCCAAAUGAUCUUAUGAUCCUAUCAAGCAAUCACAUUCACAUGAUUGGCCUUUUGCAGCUUGGAUAUCUGGUUCUUGUUUUGGCAGCCUAA